UCCUCCGUGGCAGCCACAGAGGCUCAGAGAGGACACAUGGCAGAUCCACGGCUCCCACCCGUGCUGCUCCUACUGCUGUCCUUAGCCCUGGGAUCUGCUGGACAAGAAGCCCAGGAUACCGGGGAGAGGAUCAUUAAUGGAGUCCUAUGUCCACGAGGCACCCAUCCCUGGCAGGUGGCCCUGUAUGACAACAAUAAGUUCCAAUGUGCAGGCGUGCUGGUCAACCAGCAGUGGGUGCUCACCGUCGCCCACUGCCACCAGAGUGAGUAUAUUGUGCAAAUGGGUAGUGAUCUUCUGAUUGAUGCCCGUGCCCAGAGGAUCAGGGCCACACAUUCCUUCGUCCACCCCCGGUAUAUCAAUGGCACCAAUGAUCAUGACAUCAUGCUGGUGAAGCUGAGCAGCCCGGCCACGCUCUCGCCCACUGUGAACACAAUCGACCUACCGUCCAGCUGCAAAGGCCGUGGGACAAGCUGUACUGUGUCUGGCUGGGGCCUCACCACCGCGGAUGCAGCAGAAAAAAUGUCAUCAAAGCUCAUGUGCUCGAAUGUCAACAUCAUCUCCUACCAGGACUGCAAGCAGUCUUAUCGGAACCUGUUGAAAAAAUACAUGCUCUGUACGGCUCCCCGCGAUGGGCUCUCAAACAGCUGCAAAGGUGACUCCGGGAAUCCGCUGAUUUGCGAAGGUUCCCUGCAAGGCCUGGUGUCCGCCGGCUAUAUCCCUUGUACCCUGCCCUUUAAGCCAGUGAUAUACACCCGCAUAUGCAUGUACCGCAAAUGGCUGUAUAAUACCAUGAAAGCCAAUUCCUAAUCUCUCCAUGCUUUCAUCCUUUGUCCCUCUGCCCUGAACAGGGCCUUCCCAGAAAUAAAGACAUC